CAUUCACUACUUCACAAUGUCGUGCUUGGAAUCACCCAAACUCACCAACCACGACCACUCUCAUGUCUCUCUCUCUCUUCCCUGAGACUCCAGAUUGUCUUGUUUGAUUUUGAUGGCUCUUAAGGGUGUAUCCAUCUGGGGUUGUUCCCAAGCUCCUCCUCCUCAAUUGGGUGUUGUGAAUUCUCAUCAUUCCACGCUUCAGAUUGGGAAUCUAAGAUAUGAUCUUGAGAAAUGCCGCAAAUGGGAGUGUUGUUGUUUGGGUAUUUUAGCUGAGAGAGCUAUCACUCCUGUUGAAGAUGAGAAGCCAAGUGUCCCCUUUGUUGAGUCUUCUGGGGAUGCUGAUGGGGUUCACCAAAAUGACUCAGACGGGUUUCAUAAGGAUAUUAACCUGCUUCCUAAGCCAUUAACAGCAAUUGACGUUUCUUCUUCUCCAAGAGAUGGAUCAAAAGUGCGCGUGGCUUACCAGGGACUUUCGGGAGCAUAUAGUGAGGAUGCUGCUUUGAAAGCAUAUCCAAAAUGUGAGACUGUGCCAUGUGAUGACUUUGAAGCUGCAUUUAAGGCAGUUGAAUUGUGGUUAGUGGAUAAAGCUGUUCUACCCAUUGAAAAUUCUGUUGGUGGAAGCAUCCACCGAAAUUAUGACUUACUCCUUCGCCAUAGGCUACACAUUGUUGGGGAGGUGCAGUUGCGUGUCAACCACUGCCUCUUAGGUUUGCCUGGUGUGAGAAAAGAGGAGGUCAAAAGUGUUGUGAGUCAUCCUCAGGCUCUUGCUCAAUGUGAGAAGAUGCUUAGUGAUUUAGGUGUUGUCAAAAUUAGUGCACAUGAUACUGCUGCUGCUGCUCAGACAGUGGCCUCAAAUUGUGUAAGGGACACUGGAGCUAUUGCAAGUUCCCGAGCUGCAAAAAUAUACGGCCUUGACAUUCUUGCAGAAAGAAUUCAGGAUGACGAUGAGAAUAUUACUCGUUUCUUGGUCCUAGCAAGGGAGCCUAUAAUUCCAGGAACUGACAGGCCCCAUAAGACUAGCGUUGUUUUCAGUCUAGAAGAAGGUCCUGGUGUAUUAUUUAAAGCCUUGGCAGUGUUUGCUAUGAGGGAUAUUAAUUUGUCAAAGAUAGAGAGUCGCCCACUGAAGCAGCGCCCGUUAAGGGUUGUUGAUGAUUCAAAUGAAGGGAGUCCCAAAUACUUUGACUACCUCUUCUACAUUGAUUUUGAAGCUUCUAUGGCAGACCCUCGUGCACAGUAUGCUUUAGGACAUUUGCAGGAAUUCGCUAGAUUUCUUCGAGUUCUAGGUUGUUAUCCCAUGGAUACAGUUUCAUAAAAGUUCAAUGCCUUAACUAGGAGCAACAGUCAAUGCCGUUCAUUUUACUGAUAGCAUAAGCGGCUACUGCCACAGGUUCAUCUUCAAUCAGAGACAAGGGGAGAAAGUAUUCUUUAAAAGCAUUACCCCUUUCUAAAUUCUUUUCAUCUCCUAAGGAGGUGCUUUGGAGUAUCAUGAUAGUUUCAACAGUGGGGUGAAUGCUGGUACAGGCAUCGUCAUUUCGUUAUUUUAUUUCGAAUGCAGAUUGGAUAGGCA